UCCGCUGCCAGGUCCCACUGUUGUCCUCGACCUCGAUCUUCAUCUUCUUUUUCUCAACUCUCUCUCUCUUUUUUCUCUCCUGGAUUCUUUUUCAUCUCUUGUCACUGCUUUAUUCGUUGGACUUCUUCUUUGACUGUUUUUCUGCUUACGUGAAGGCUUUUUUCCACGACUGUCCACGGCUUUUAUUGUUUUUCCUUCCUCUCACAGUAAUGUCGUCUCUUCUGAGGGAGGAGAUGCAGCGAGUUUUAUUCCGACCUUCAAAACAGAGACUGGUGGAGUUCAUCGAGAUCGAGGAGCCGACGCAGGGACGACAUUUUCUUUGUGUUGCAGUUGCAAAAAACAAAGUGGUGCAGUUGUGUAUAGUGCGAUGUCAGAUCUCUGAGCCGUCACUUAACACCGGCUCCAAGAAGACGGACACUAAACGCUCCAGCAUCCAGGACAGCUACAGGAGGACUGAGGUCUGGUCCCUGCAUGACCUGACUCUUGUGGAUGGACGGGACCCCGAUGUGGAUGACCCAUGUUUCCUGCUGCACUUUGACAAGGUGCGGACAGUGACGGCCGUCAGCUGCUCAGCCAAAUAUGCCAUUGUGCGAGCCCUGGUGGCGCUCAGCGAUCAGCACUGUAAGAUGUCACUGAACCUCCGGAACUUUGACUGGAGCUACAUCAAGCCCACCUCCUUCUACUCCAACCGAGGAGACUGUGUUGUUCUGACACAGAUCUGCUUCUAUGCAUUCAACCUGGUGUGUCUGUCCAUGUGUCCCGUGCCCCUCGAUGCAUAAUGGAAGGAAAAAAUGACUGUGUGUAUUUGUGUGUGUGUUUGAGAUUGUGUGUGUGUUUCCGUAAUAAAACUGUGGCAGAUUAAUUGUAUAUAACGUGUCUUGAGUAGGAGGUGGGACCUAAUUGUAGUCUUAAUGUUGCUUCUGUUGCACAAGCGUCAUUUACCAAGAAAUGUGUUUUGCAGUCAUAUUCAAGUUUCAAGCAGCUUGGUAUUUGUUCACAGGAUAAUUUGUGAUGUUUUAAUUAGCUAUCCCUGAAAGUUCUCUAUUCUGUGCAUUACUGUAAAAAUAUUAGUUUCAAAAAAGGGAAAAGAAAUAAAGCUAUUCAGAAUCC